GAACACGACCGCAUUUGUUAAAGUGAAUUAUAAGUGUACGUGUACAGACACGAGUAGACGCGGAUAACAACCAGCCGGCGAGAAAAUUAUUGUAGAAAACAAAAAAGCGAGUAUACGUGCACUAAACGUUUAAUAAUAGCGACGGAAAAAAAAAUUUAAAAUUAGUGCUUAUUAAAAAUUAUUUGUGUUGAAAAAAAGCUUCGUUUAAAAAUAAUUCCAUUUUCUAAAGAAGUGUUGCCAAGAAAAAGUGGGAAAACUUGAUAAAAUUAAAAAAAAUACGUUUCAUUAGCAGUGAGCAAACAACAACAAAACCAAGCUGUCAACAACAAAAGCAACUAAUGUAGCUGCGAAAUAAUAAUCAAAAAAAAAUAAUAAUAAUUCGAAUAAAGAAGACAAGCAAGAAUAACGCAACAGAUUGCACAGCAGGCUGACAGCGGUUAGCUGAAUCGUCGAGCGGCAGACGUUAAUCGGCAAGCGGCAAGCGGAGUGCACGCUUGUUAAUAACAGUGGCAGCAAAAACUUUCGAAAUUUUUAAAAAGUAGUUCAAAGCUCAGGCUAUAAGAGAACGGAGGAACGGCAGCGUAUACCCCAAACAACUUUGCGCGCCCCCUCUUAUUCGACGAACUUCGUGUAAAAAUCGCAGCGACGCGCGUUUUUUCGUCAGUUUGGCCUGGUUGCGCUAUCUGUUUGCGCAUUCACGAAGUAAAUAAGCGUGCAACAGCCAGUCGUAGCGGCAACAACAAGCAGAAUAAUUUGAGAGAUUUUACUACAAGUUUGCUAAAUCUCAAGUUAAACAGCGCAUAACGGUCGUCAUCGGCAGCGUCAGCAACAUCAUUAGUGUCAGCGGCGGUGAAUUGUGAAAUGUUUUUGUUUUUUUUUGUUUUUGGAAAACCAGUAAAAAUUAAAAUGAAAUAAAAAGUUAACAGAUGAAAAGCGUGUAAAAGACUGAAACUGCUGAAGUUGCAAAAGAAAAAAUCAAAAAAAAAUAUUAAUUAAUUUACUUGAAAAUUUUGUGCUUUUUUAUUCAAAGUGUGUGAGAGGAUGUGUGCUAUUCAAAAACGCAAAAAAACAUAGUAAAAUAUAAGCAGUGGACAAAAUUUUUAAGUGCACGCAAAUAAUAAUAAUUCAACUGCAAAAACAAACAGGAAGUAGCAAAAAUAUAAAAAUAUACAAAAGGUAUAAACAAUAAAGCCGAAUACAUACACAUACACAAGCAUCACGCCGAGCGUCAGCGUUCUACAAUUACAACAAAUAUACACCCCCGCGACGAUAUCACCAACAAAAUAACCACCAAUAUAGAAAAACGUCACAAAAAGUACGAGCAAAUUGCAAAUCGAGCAUAAAACGUCCAUUCUCCCAACGGAAGCGCGACAAAAUUACACUGACCCACACAAAUACACACACACACACACGUGCUCGUGAACAUUCAUUAGCACGCGCGGAAAUACUCGUAUGUGCGCUCUCUCACUUGUGACAAAUUUUGUGUAUCAAACCAGCCAGCAGUAGCGGUUAAUUCGAUCGAUCGUGAUAACACAAAAACAAUUACCAGUAGAAGCAAAAAAAAAAAUUACCAUUGGAGCAAAAACAAUUCCUAUUGCAGCCAUAGCCAGCUGUUGGUGGAGACGUCACUCAUUCGUGCUCAAUUCUUCUCAUACAAUUGGAGCGUGUCAAGUGUUUUCUUAUUAAAACCAACACUACUGAUAUCCGCCGGAAGUGGAUUUCCCAAUAAUAUUCGAAUUCUCGGAAGCAAACAGUCGCUCAAACCAUCCACACACCCAUCACACCGGGGCCCCUCCUCCACUGUAGUCACCAUGCAAGUUGAAUCGAGUUUCUUGAAAUACGCUGGGCGUGUACCGCCGCUCGACCUCUCACAGGUCAGCGCCAAUUGUCGCAAUGAGAACGAGCUGCAGCAUCUGUGGAGUAGCAAAGCCAACUCACCGUCAGUACUGAAACGCGCCGCCGCGCUAGCUCAUCCAUACUUGCAAUCACCACAUACACCCGCGCACAGUCCCAGUAGCAACAAUAAUGGCAACAACACCAGCACAAACAAUAAUCAUUUCAACACAAUCCUACCACAACACACCUCACUGCAACAGCUGGGCUCUGAUGGUUUGCCAUUGGAUCCCCGUGAUUGGACACGUGCAGACGUCUGGAAAUGGCUAAUCAAUAUGGCCGUGUCGGAAGGUCUGGAAGUGACGCCCGAACUGCCGCAGAAAUUCCCGAUGAACGGCAAGGCGCUGUGUCUGAUGAGCCUCGAUAUGUAUCUGUGUCGUGUACCGGUCGGCGGAAAAAUGCUUUAUCGUGAUUUUCGAGUGCGAUUAGCGCGUGCCAUGGCGUUGCUAUCCUAGAUCAUAGAUUUAUACGUACAUACCAACACAUAUAAAUAUGUAGACAUAAGUAGAUAGUUAACUUUUUUUGUAAAUAGCAAAUGACUAAAUAUAGUAAAUAAGUGGAGUUAAUGAAUCAGAGCAACUGCGCUGGCAAAGAGGGAACGAAUCUGAAUCGCUUUAUACAACAACAAAACACAUUUGAUGUAGACUUGCUGCCGAAUCAGCUUUUGUGUUACAACAAUUCAGCUACUCAUCUACCGGACUAGUUGCUCUGAUUCCUGAAUAUCACUAAUAUGUUUAGAAGUUCAUAGAUGUAUUAAUGCAUUGAUACAUACAGUGGCGUGCAGCUAAUUAGCAACGAGCUACAUUGACCACUUUUCUUUUGUUUUUGAAGUGAAAACUUCUUUAGAAUCGUUGGGAGUGAUUUGAGAAAAAGUGAAACGAAAAAAGCGACACUCUUGGCUACGAAUAUUACAUAUACACGUAGCGACGAACUAAAUAACUUUUAGGCCAGCGCCGACAGCAUGGCGCGAUAGCCGAGCGGCUAGCAAUGUGAGCUUCCGAUCCAAAAUCCUUGGUUCGAAUCACAAGAAUAAAAUUUUUUUUAUACAGUUAUUUUAUUUUUUUAUUUUAUGAUAUGUUUAUGAGGAGCUUUUUUUCAUGGCAGAAAUACACUCGGUGUUUUGCCAUUGCCUGCUGAGGGGUGAGCGCUAUUAGAAAAAUAGUUUUCCUUAAUUUUGGUGUUUUCACCGAGAUACGAACUGACGUUCUCUCUGUGAAUUCUGAAUAGUAGUCACGCACCAACCCAUUCGGCUACGGCGUUUGUUUAAUUUUACUGAUGCAAAAAUGAGGAAAAAUAUAUGAAUAAAGUUUGCUUACUGUUUACACAUUUUCCAAAGGUGACGGAGAACCAAAAAAAAAAGUCGAUUUUCAAACAAAUACGAGUGCAUAUGUGUAAUUGUGUUAGAGUUUCGGUCACGCCCCAGCAAAACCUGCGUGCAUAUGUGUUUGUAACAUUCAAAAAAAUGUAAUUGUGUUAGAGUUUCGGUCACGCAGGUUUUGCUGGGGACGCUCAUAAUAGCAACCGCGUGUGUAUUUUUAUAUUCGUAAAUAUUUUCAUUUUUAAAUAUUUACCGCAAUUAUGCCGAAAAAUAAUGCAGAAAAGUGUCGUGAAUAUCGACAGAAAAAAAAAUCAAUAAAUAGCAUCCCGGAAUUCAUUCACGAAAAUUUAAUAAAGUAUACACCAGAAGUAUCGCGGAUACUUAGAAAAGAUUACAAUAAAGUUCCAAUGCUUUUAAGUGGCGAUUUUAACGUAAAUUUUGCAUUGGACACAGCGGUUCCUUUAAUUGACGUUCUCAAUACAACAUUCAAUUUAAAAAUGUGUAACAAUCGCACUGAAUCGACAAUACGAUCAAAAACAACAAUUGACGCGGUAUUUCAAAGAUAUGUUGACAACAUCGAAACCGAAGCAUUUGUAUCAUAUUUUAGCGAUCAUAAGCCACUCUUAUCAUUUGUUGAAAUUGAAAACAUUGAGGACGAAUAAUAAUAAAAUGAAGAAAAUAAAAUAUGAACUUUAUAGCAAUAUUAUAAUGAACCUAUAAUUAUCCCGCUCCUAAUGCUGCUUUCGUCUCAUUCUCUCUCAGUUUGUUUUACGGAAGGUUUCACUUCUAUCGCGUCUAACCGUUAGACUGGUGUUUUUUUUUUUAAUUUUCAUUCAUUAUUUAUAAAAAUGUAGUUUAUUCUAUAUUGCCAAUAUAUACACCCAUAUUUAUUAUAAAAAAAUUCCAAAGUUUUAUGCGAAAAUUCUAAAACUUUCACAAACUUGUAACAAAAUUUAAAAUUUUUUAAAUAAAAAAAAAAUUAAGGUGCCUCGUUUUAUAGUCCAUUAAAUUUGUGUAUAAUGAAAUGCCAAUUAUUAAUGAAAAUUAACAACAAUAAAGGAAAUGUAGUCUCGAAACUAUCGCGAAAAUAUCGCGUUGCUAAUUAGACGCACGCCACUGUAUGUGCCUACAUAAAUAUAUAAGCAAGCUCUGGUAAACCUCGAAAAUGCAUUAAGUUCGUAUGUAAAAUAAAUCGUUUAAACAAAUUCGCUGUCCUAUUAGCUCCGUAAGCAUUUACAGAUUAAUUCCUAAUUUUAACUUAAAGAUACUAAAUAAUUGUUUUGUAUUUUGUAUACUUUAUUGUUGUAUGUAAUGGAUCCAAAUUCAUGGAGAAGUAUUGUGAAUUAGAAAAUUUUAAAUUUAGUCUAAAAUAGAACUAUACAAAUUUUAACUAAAAAUAAAAAUAAAUACUUGUUCCA